AUUACUCAACCACUUCACUUGCUCAUCUAUUCUCUAUUUAUACAUACUAUUGUUGGAAGUUUACAUAUUAAACGACUACUGAAUUGAGAAAAAAUAUGGCAGGAGCAUCUGAAGAUGUUCACCCUCAAAAGGCUUUCGGAUGGGCUGCAAGAGACUCUUCCGGAGUUCUCUCCCCUUUCAACUUCUCUAGGAGGGCAACAGGAGAGCAGGAUGUAACUUUCAAAGUGUUAUAUGUUGGAAUUUGUCACUCUGAUCUUCACUAUAUUAAGAAUGAAUGGGGGAGUAGUGACUUCAUUAGUGCCAAUUACCCUGCAGUCCCUGGGCAUGAGAUUGUAGGGGUGGUUACUGAAGUUGGGAUGAAGGUGCAAAAAUUCAAAGUCGGGUACAAAGUUGGGGUGGGAUGUAUGGUUGGAUCAUGCCGUUCAUGUGAUAACUGUGGCAAGAAUCUUGAGAAUUACUGUCCUAAGAUGUUGCUAACUUAUGGAUCUACUUACUAUGACGGCACAAAUACGUAUGGAGGUUACUCCGAUAUUAUGGUGGUAGACGAGCAUUUUGCUGUUCAUAUUCCUGAGAACAUGGCACUUGAUGCUACUGCCCCGCUUUUAUGUGCAGGCAUCACUGUCUAUAGCCCGUUGAGAUACUAUGGGCUCGACAAACCUGGACUACAUGUUGGUGUUGUUGGCCUUGGCGGUCUAGGACACAUGGCUGUGAAAUUUGCUAAGGCUCUCGGGACUAAGGUCACUGUUAUUAGUACCUCAGCUAAUAAGAAGGAUGAAGCUGUCAAACGUCUUGGUGCUGAUUUCUUUUUGGUCAGUCGGGAUCCUGAACAAAUGCAGGCAGCUACUGGGACACUAGAUGGAAUAAUCGAUACAGUCUCAGCACCUCAUCCUCUACUACCAUUGAUCAGUCUGCUGAAAACAGAGGGAAAAUUGAUCACAGUUGGUGCUCCAGACAAACCACUUGAGUUGCCAGUCUUCCCUUUGAUAAUGGGGAGAAAGAUGGUGGGCGGAAGUGGGAUUGGAGGCAUGAUGGAGACACAAGAGAUGAUUGAUUUCGCGGCUAAGCAUGAUAUAAAGGCGGAUAUUGAGGUUAUUCCAAUGGAUUAUGUAAACACGGCCAUGGAGCGUUUACACAAGGCAGAUGUUAGUUAUCGUUUUGUCAUUGACAUUGGCAACACACUAAAAGCUACAUGAGUUCGAGUUUGAUCAUUUCAUGGUUAAAAGACAAUUGUUGGAGUCAUCAUGCCGAUCCUUGGCUAAGUGCUAGAGGAGUGGAAUCAACCUUUUAUGAUUUUACACCUUGUACUCAUGAUGGUUCGAUCCAUCAUUAAAUGAUGCUUGUCCUAUUUGCUUAAAUCUAAGUUUGCCUUUAGUAUUAUAUCGGUUUGUCAUGUAAUCUGUUUAGUACGAGUAAUGCUGUAAUGGUCCACUUUUAUCCGAAUAAAUAAUGUUUUGGUAAUAAUCAUUUUGGUAUGCCAAAAUUUGAUUCCGUUAA